AUGCGUACUCACGAUGCUAUGCAAAGUGAGGAGGCCAACGACGCCGCUUGGGAAGCAGCCAGAGGAGGUAUUGCGGGUGCUGUCAAGUGGGGAAUCGGUGCUGCGAUAUUGGGUGCUGCCGGAUAUCUACAAAUGUGUGGUAUGGUUCCAGGUGCUAUGAUCGAGGCGGACUCAAGACUCAGAGCAUAUGAGCAACGAGUAAGAAUGCAACGGAGGUUGAUGGGUGAUAGGGCCAAGUGGCAACAAUAUGAGGAGGAAUACAUCAAAGGCGACGGCAAAUGA